AGUCCUAUCCCUGAUCACACUGCUGAUCAAGAUGAUCUCACUGGAUUUAUCUCUCAGAACCAGUAUACAACAAUGCCUACCUUUCUGGAGAAAAUGAUGGAGAUUGUGCCUAGGGCACUGCCAAAUAUUCCAGAAUCUAUCCACAACGCUAUAAUUGAUAGAAUUGUAAAUGCUGGCGGCUUUACAUCAACACAAAAACUCAAAUAUGUAAAAGAGGAUGACUUUGCAGACUUACUGCCUCUUGUUAGACGGCGACAACUUUUGGAAGUAUUCCAAAUAGAGAGUAAAGUGAUCACAGUAAACCUUGAAAUCGUUCCAUCCUCCACCACCGAAGUCAGCAGCAACUGUCUAUCAAUCAUCAGUCCAUCUAGAAGUGAGGACAGCCCGUCUGCCUCCCAGCCUGUAAGGAAAUCAUGGCCAGAGUCUUUUAAGGUGCCAUGGGACCUUAUGCCUGCGGAGAUUUGCACAGCCAUUUCAUCUCGUAAGAGACCUUCACCAGGUGCACGACGGCAGAUGGUCAGGAUACUGUCCGAUGAGAUGAGGAAGCAUGAGCUGAAUCCAACACGAGCACAGUGCCUUGUAGUUUGCCGGAAUAUCGUUCACCAGUACCCAGAAAGUUUUGCUGAUCAGCGAGACAAUGGACAGCUUCUAGAUGGUGGAUACACAUCUCUGCUGAUUCAAGUGAAAAAUCGCAUCGAAAAUCUGAACCGUGCAAGCAGUUUUCAUCAGCACCGUUCAGCUAGCCACGGACAAAAGAGAGGGCCUACUGACACAUACGGAUGUACAAGAUUCCAGCCCAGCCUCCCUGCAGAAGAGACUGAGGACACAAUGGAGACCAAGCGUCAACAACUAGAAGGGAUCUACAGUCAAGAUGGCACAGCUGGUGCUGAGAGACCACAGGUAAAGAAGCUAAUGGAUUCUACUUUCUACCUGCAGCGGUCCCACAUCAAUGUUGUACCUACACCAACCAUUGCAACUUUAAAAACAAAGUGGCCGUACUUGUUCAGUCACAAAGGACUAUACUCCCACUUUGAGCUUCUUACUGAUAUUCCUGUGCUGCGUAGCCUUGACCUUGCCAUGGAAGAGUGUGGCAAAGCGAUUGUGGAAAUGUUCAAGACUAAACCGACAAAUGCAAGGAUGAAGGAAGUUCUUCGUCAGCUUGAUGAUGAUGUCGAGCUGUCCUAUCAGAUGUAA